AUCUCUAUAAAUAGCUCUCUAUUGAUCAUUUCUCAUCACCAGUCUCACAAUCAAAACCACUUUUGCCACCUUUGCUCCCUUUUUCAUCUUUAUAUUUUCUUCACAUCUUAUUAGUUUCAAGUUUAUUUCUCCAUUUUCAAAUGGCCACUGUUGAGGUUCAAUCAGCACCAGCAACAGCAGUAGGCACUGCACCAGCUGAAAUUGAGGUGAAAACCACACCAGAGGCACCAAAAAUAGAGGAAACAGCCGCGCCUGUGGAAGAAACAGUGGCUGAAACAGUAGCAACACCAGCACCAGCACAAGCAGAAGAGGCUGCUCUAGUCGAAGAGAAAACAGCCCCUACUGUGGAAGAAACCGUGGCCGAAACAACACCAGUAGAAGAGACUGUUGCAGUUGAAGAAAAAGCAGCCCCUGCUGUUGAGGAAGCAGUAACUGAAGAAAAAACAGACAACUCUGCUGUAGUAGAGGAGGCAGUGGCUGAAGAAGCAGCAAAACCCGAAGUUGUUGAAGCACCAGCAGCAGAAGAUGAAAAAGUUGAAGUGAAAACUGAGGCAGAAGAAGAAAAAGUUGUUGAGAAAACAGAGGCAACAAAGUCAAGCACAGAAGUUCCAGUGGAAAAGACUGAAGAGUGAAACAAGGAUGAUGUAAUGGUUGGUGAAUGAUAUAGGGGAUUGGGAGUGACAUUUCCAUGUAUGUUCUAAGUUAAGGUUAAAUAAGAUUAGUACUACUUUAUGCUUACUAUUAGUAUUAUUAUCACUAGAAUGAAGGAAUAUGUUGUUAAUGCAUAUCCUUGGGGGUCUUGGUCUGUUUAUGGUUUAAAGAGGAGAUGAUAUGUGAUCUCAUCUUUGCCUUUUAAUAAUAAAAAGGAUUACUCUUUAUCCUUUUUCCUA